AACAUACGUUAAUCAGGUAAUGUUGAAUGUCGAGGCGUCGCAGCUUCCCAGGACGUUUCACCUUGACGUUGCUUCCGAGUUGACUUGAUCACGAAGCACCAUGGCCAAGGAGCAUGCCUUCCAGACCCGGGCGCUCAAUUACUGUAUCUUCACUACGGCUGUCAUAGCAAUAUGCGCGGCCGCAAACUACCCCAUCUUGCGGUGGAUAUUCACCGUGCACACCAAGUACUGCACCACGCACGCGUGCGAACGGCUCACGCGCGACAUUCGCACAUCCAUGAACAGGAAGCAGCCACCGUGCCAAGACUUUUACGAGUUCACUUGCGGAAAAUGGCAACACGCUCAUCCCGGGUUCCUCAAUCAAACGGAGUACACGUACAACAGGGUGGUGGCGGAGGUAGUGAGAAAUUUAAAGCGCAUCGACGUUCCAUCCAGCAACCAGACAGCGGUGCAAAAGGCGGCCGCAGCGUUCCGGUCGUGUUUGAGCAUGAUAAACAGCGAAGCGAUGAACAGCGAGGAGCUUGUGAACUUCAUCGCGAGCCUUGACAUCAUGUGGCCAUCAGGCGGCACCACGGGCCAGCUCAAAGCGCUCGACGUGCUCGUGAAGCUGUCCUUGUCUUUUGACAUGCACUUUCUUUUCACCGUGGACACGUAUAUAGACUACAGCGAGACGUACAGCUUGCGCGUAUCCGUUCCAAGUCACAUGCUGUACGCGAAUACGCACAAUUACACCUCCAAUGAAGUGAAGAAACAAGCGCUUAACCUGCUAUUUGCCAACGAAAACUUGGACGCUAUGCUCACGGUACUCACCAAGUUUGAGCAAAAAAUAAAGAAAACAAUGGCCUCAGUGACCGCUGUGCGGCGUUUCACCGACACUCUCACAUUUAGAGACAUCGGGAAAUACAUGCCAAACCAGCCAGGCUCCGAUUGGGUGCACGCCAUUAACAAGGAGCUACCAGACAUCAAAGCGAUCACAAAGAACACGCCUGUUCGCGUCGAUGAUGUCGCCCAUCUUGAAGCAAUAUCUGAACUAGUUUACGAGCUGGAAGACCAAAUGUUACUGUCUUGGUUCGUCGGCUGGAAUGUGUUCGAAGUGUUGGCACUCGAUGCUUCCUACCAGCUAGGCGUUGUCUUGGCGGGCACAUCUGACAUAUUCAACGAGAAGCACUGUUUCUACGCCGUGCGCGACAACCUUCACUUCGCCCUUACUACCAAGGAUCUGCUAUCCUUCAGCGAGCCGUCCACGCGAGCUGCCAUUUCGAAUACGGCCAGUGCGGUUUGGCGAAGCUACCGUCACUACAUUCGCGCCAACGAGUGGAUGGACAUGUCAACAAAAGCACGUGCUCAGGAGAAGGCGAGGCAAAUGGUUUUACUUGACGGCUACCCGCGGUUCGUCGAUAACGCAGAAAGCCUAAACAAAUUUUACACUUACAUACCGGACCUGACUCCCGAUUUCAUGAAAACGAUAAUAAUACUCAGACAAGCUGAGUUGAAUUACUUGAAGAGCUACCUUCACCUGUCAGCGGAGAAAACUAACCUGCAAAAGUGGAAUUAUCCUUUAUUGAGUCUUGAUUCCCUCAGGUUUCACAAUGACCUAAACAAAAUUGUCGUGCCGGUCGCCGCGGCCGCGGAACCUCUUUACCUGAAGUACUUUCCAACAUCGUGGAAGUUCGGAGGCUUAGGAACCGCCAUUGCAGAGCAGAUGUUCCAUGCCUUCGACGUAACUGGAAAAGACUUCGACGGCUUUGGCGGCCCUCUGGACUGGUGGUCCAACAAUACGCGGCUUGCGAACAAUAAGAGGUCCCUAUGCUACCUGAAGGACUUCGUGCAGUGGUCGGAAGGCGCGCCCGGAUUGUCUACAGUGGAGCAGUACAGGUCCUUGCUUGCCUCCGUAGAAGGCGUUCGUCAGGCGUUUCGAGCGUAUGCCCUGAAGACGGACGCAAACCGAAAGCAUUUGCGUACCAUUGACUUCCUGGCACCCUCCCAGAUCUUCUUCUUGAGCUACUGCUUUCGAUGGUGUUCCAAAGAUGAGCCCCGGAGCGCUAUGAAUGCGCACAUGUGCAACUUCCCACUAGCUUACAGCAAGCACUUCACCGAUGUCUACGGCUGCCAAAAAGGCGAUCGCAUGUACUACCGGCGGAAAUGCAAGUAACACCCCUGUCGGCAUCCAUCACU